GCGUGUUCUUGCCAUUUUCCCAUUUAACAAGAAGAAAAGGCCAAACAAGGAGCAAUUAGUCAGAAUAAAAUCAGCUUUGAUGACAUUUUCCCUCCUGAACUCUGGUAUAAAAUGGUCACCUGAGGAAGAACUGAAAGGAUAUGUGAGGAAUUUGGAUGUGGAGCUGCAUGGUCACGCACACAGCGCUGGGCAGAAAAUGAGCAGUCUAUGCAGGUUGAACUUGGUUUUCGUCCUGUGGGUCUCCAUGACAUUGGUGUGCUCGGGUUUCCCAGUCGGCCCUUCCAUGAGCACCAACCCGUUGUACCUGAGCUGCCAGCUGUCCGGGAGAUGGGAUUCGUGCCUGGUGCUGCUGAGCAGCUGCCUGUCCAGGCUGGGCAGGGGGGAGCAGCUGCCCCCUCUCCACAAAAGGUCCUUCCGCAACGGCGUCGGAGCGGGAAUUAAAAAAACUUCCUUCCGAAGGGCAAAGUCCUGAGCAAGUGUCCCAAAGCCCGGCCCUGGUUUUGACAUCUGAUUGUCCCAGUCGUUGCUUUGAGUUCCUUUUGGUGUUUUUCUCUGGCCAAGCCACCUCUGACAGGGUCCCCCAGGGUUCCCAGGAGCGCCCGGGAAGGGCUUUGCUCCCAAAGUCACACUGCCACCAAGUUUUGUCUCGAAAUGAGUGCUCUCAUUUGCUUCAUUUCCCUCUCUUGUCAGGCUACAUACAGGUUUUAAUUCUGCUCUUUGAUUCACACAAAGAUAAUCCCGUGCUUUGAGGAGAUGCGUGCGCGCAGCCUGCGGGGAGGACGGAGGAUUCCCAAAAUCCCUCCUCUCCGCCAGGCACAGGCAUUCCUGUGCUUUCCCAUCCCAAAUCACAUUGACUUGAAGGCAACUGGUAAUUUAAACACAGAUUUAAAGUACACUUCAUUUCAGGUUUCCGAUGAUAUGAAGGGCCGCUGGUGAAACAAUCAGGCCCUACUUGUACCUUCCCCUGGAAUUUUAAUAUAGUUAUUUAAAAUGACUUUGGCAGGGAACAGUCUCUGGAGAUGUCUCAUCUCAUAUCCAGAAGAAUCUUGGGAAAUCAUUCUAAGGCAGGGUAUCAGCACCAUUCCCUAUGCCUCAAUUAAUUGACUUAGGUAGGCAACAUCCAGCUGAUGAAAUGUGCCAAAUCUGGGAUUUUUUUUUAAUUUCCUGUUGGAAAAAAAAAAUAAAACAAGGAAAAAGUCA